ACUUACAAUUUCUAAUGUAUUCCAAAUUCUAAAUUAUCUUCAUCAGCAAUCGAUGUUUAGAUAAAUUGAAAAAAAAAAAUCGAUAAAUUUUAAGCGCCAUCGAUGAUUCACCACCUCUAACAAUUAUUAUUUCGUUUGCACGCUAACAACGCAGAACUAAAUUAUCGAUGGGGCGAAGUAAAUUCGUCGCCUCCACGCCAAAAAAGGUGAUGCAGCACGGUGAGUUCAUCAAUCGCAUACGGAAGACGCUCUACUAUGGUGGCGUGGACACAACAGAGGCGGACAUGGAAGUUUCCAUGCCAUUUGCAGAGUAUGCAGCUGAUCUCUUCUCUGAACCGCAUCGCGGACAUUCAUUGCAUCGGUUGAGCUCAAUUGCUGCUGGUAAAACCCAUGCAACACCAUGCUCGCUAAUUAUGGCAUUAAUCUACUUGGAUCGAUUGAAUAUCAUUGAUCCGGGCUAUGGAUAUAGAAUCACGCCACAGGAACUGUUUGUUGUGUCAUUGAUGAUUUCAACCAAAUUCUAUGCUGGCCAUGAUGAACGUUUCUACUUGGAAGACUGGGCUAAAGAGGGCAACAUGACCGAAGAUAAAUUGAAGGAAAUGGAAAUCGAGUUUCUCACAGCUAUUGACUGGAAUAUUUACAUAUCGAACGAACAGUUUUUUGCCAAGCUAAGUAGUGUGGAACGCACUUUGGCCCAACGGGAGGGAUUGCGGCGUGGAUGGUUGACAUAUAGCGAGCUGAUGCAGCUGCUUCCGGACUUUACGCUGAUGAGUUUUGUGCUCAACAAUUUCGCAAUGCUUGCGUUGAGCUAUGCGGCCAGUGUGAUAACCAUUGCGGGCGCCUUUUUCAUAGCCAGUCAAGUGCCCGGCACCUUGUGGCAUCGUCAAAGCGAUGUGAAUGUCACCGCCGCCGCAGCAACAACGACGACUCCCAUUGCCACGCCCCACAAUGUAACAACACCCGUUGAGUCCAAUUCUGUGGCGUCCAAUGAAAGUUGCAAUGCAUUGAAUGUGGAAGCGGAACUCUUGAAGCUGGAGCAACAGUAUUGUGCCGAGGCAAGACUGAAUGAAUUGGAACGUCGCAAACGCUUGGAACAACAACCGCCGCAUCCUUUACUACCGCCUACCAUGAUGGAAUUUACCAACCCGCUUCAGGAUAGCAAACAGCACUGGCUCAAUAUGAAGUCACAGUACAGCGAUGUUGAUGAUGGCAUUAAUGGGAAUCAACGAAAUGUGAUGAUGAAGUUUGGCCACGACAAGCACAAUUGGAAUCAUGCCCAGAAUGCGUCCGUUUUUUGGCAACUACUCAGCGAUGCAAUGUCGCAGCAUCAAUCGUUUUUGGUACGCUGGCCGGAGCUGUGGCCAAAAUUUAUCUAAAAUCUGAAUAACAAAAGACGCCACACCAUGUGCUGCACUUUUUUUUAAGUAUGCAACUAAUUAUUCGACUUUCCUUUAAUUACUAAUUACGAAAAUACAAUUCACAAUGAAACCUAUCAGUUCAUUUUGACUACACAGAUAAACUAUAUACUAUACUAUAUAUUUUUUCAAAAUAAAUUAUACAAAUUAAACCUAU